AAGUGCGAAGCGAUUUAAGACGGCAGAACGGCAUUCUAUUCGGUUGCCAUCAUCCCCCACUCCACAAUUGAAACCCAGAAACACUUCGCUCCUUCAAACCCCAUUCAUUCACCAUGUUCUCCGCCAAGCUCUUUACUGCUUUACCUUUAGUUCUUCUGGUGGUGAAUGCUGUCGAUGCUAUCACCCACGGCAAGAUGCCAACUAAGCGCUCUCAAUGUUCUCAGUGGAGAGCGAGAUGGCAAGAUCCAUCGGGUACCUCCCCGCCAGCCGUUACUGCCAGAGUGAUGACACCGCAGAUGGCCGCCAAGACUCAAAAACCACAGUCAUCAACUGGAAGUCUCAUGCGCCGCAACACCCCCCCUCGAAAGAUCGGUAUGGAUAUUGCCAGUGGAAAACAUUCAAUUUGUGACCACAAUAAUGGUUACAACACCACAGAAGUGGCAGGUGUGUGUCUCUGGACAGGAGAGCGCCAAUCACCUGAGUACACAAACAAAAAAUUCUACCCGGGUUGGCUUAACUAUGAACACCCAGAAAACUGCUACCGAAAAAUUUGGUUAAAUCCCGCCAAAAGCAGAGGGGAAGCUAAAUAUGGCCUUGUCCUCGAUGGAUGCGCGUUCGUUGAGGAAGGCGAGACGAUCAGUGAGGAUGACGGGUGCGCGACCGUCUGGGUUACCCGACUCCUCUUCGAACAACUUGGUGGGAAAAAAGGCGAACACAACGUUACCAUCAGAAGUUGGGAUUUCGAGGCGCAUAGUGCUCCGGGGAACUAGAAAAACAUUCACUCGGUCCCACCUGUUUCUAGGUGGCGCUUCGCACGAGAAACAUUAACGAGAAACAUUAUCCGUUUUCUCCAUAAUAUAUUCUUAUCUAUCUAUUUCAUGUGAAACUCACUUUCCCUGGAUGCUCAACUUUAAUGACCCCACACGGACUCGUCCUGUCAAAUCUAUAAUCGCUAGUGCUACACCACGUGUUUCUAGAGUAGUCAUGUUACCUUCUGUAUUCUAUUCGCUAAGAGUUGUGAACAGUCUUUCUGCACGUUGUCGAUACCCCAUGCACCAUGAAGAGGAUUAUAAGUUGGAAUUUUACUUAUCAGAAGGUGUCUUUUGCAAGGUUAAUUACCUGAACCAUGGCCAUA